AAUUGAGGCCAAGUAUGAUAAAAAGAUGAAGGUGCUAAGGGAUGAGCUUGACUUGCGGAGAAAGACUGAGAUCCACGAGGUGGAGGAGAGGAAGAACAGCCAGAUCAACACACCGAUGCGGCGUCACGAGGAGGCCUUCACUGACAUCAAGAACUACUACAACGAUAUCACGCUCAACAACCUGGCCCUCAUCAACUCCCUCAAGGAGCAGAUGGAGGACAUGCGGAAGAAGGAAGAACACCUGGAGAGGGAAAUGGCAGAGGUGUCUAUGCAGAACAGGUGUCUGGCAGACCCUCUGCAAAAGGCACGGGAGGAGAUGAACGAGAUGCAGAGGAAGCUUGGGAAGUAUGAGAGGGACAAGCAGAUCCUGGUGAGCACAACAGCACAUUUGAAGGUUACUGAGAAAGAGCUGAAAGACCUGCAGUGGGAGCAUGAGGUGCUGGAGCAGCGGUUCAUCAAGGUUGGUGAGGCUUGA